UCUCUGGCCAACUUCCUUCAACAAUUGGUUUGUGGGAAUCGUNGUGGAAAUCAACUCUCUGGCCAACUUCCUUCAACAAUUGGUUCAUGGGAAUCAUUGAAUACUCUAAAUCUCUCACGAAAUGAACUUUCAGGCAAUAUUCCAGCGGCGUUCGGAUUUCUUCCUAGCCUCCUUUACCUAGAUUUAUCAGGUAAUAACUUCUCAGGUGAAAUCCCACCAGAAAUUGGCCAGUUAAGAUUGGCUUCUCUCAACUUGUCUUCCAAUCAGCUUUCAGGGAAAAUCCCAGAUGAGUAUGAGAAUACAGCAUAUGAAAGGAGUUUCUUGAACAAUCCUAAACUAUGUACCACCACUGAUGCACUUGACCUUCCAAAUUGUAACUCCAGACAAAGAGAUAUAAAAGAUCAUUCCUCUAAAUAUCUCUCCCUCCUUCUAGCUCUCAUCGUCACCUUCCUCGUAAUUGCUAUACUAUGGAUCUUCAUCUUAUAUAGAAGUUACUGCAAAAAGGAAGAAAGAUGCCACCCUGACACUUGGAAGCUAACUUCAUUCCAGAGAUUGGAAUUCACAGAAGCGAAUAUCUUAUCAAACCUGACAGAAACUAAUCUGAUUGGAAGUGGUGGAUCCGGAAAAGUGUACUGCAUAGAUAUAAACCAUGCUGGUUACUAUGUUGCAGUCAAAAGGAUUUGGAGUAACAAGAAGUUGGAUCAAAAGCUUGAGAAAGAAUUUCAAGCAGAAGUUCAAAUACUUGGCUCGAUUCGGCAUUCGAACAUAGUGAAGUUGCUAUGCUGCGUCUGGAAUGAGAAUUCAAGGCUGUUAGUCUAUGAAUACAUGCAAAAUCAGAGCCUAGAUAAGUGGCUUCAUAAAGAGAAGAAAAGGUUAAGAGCGGCUACAAUGGAUUUUGUUGAACAAUAUGUCUUAGACUGGCCGAGGAGGUUGCAGAUUGCUAUUGGAGCUGCACAAGGCCUGAGUUACAUGCACCAUGAUUGCUCUCCACCAAUCAUUCAUCGAGAUGUAAAGUCAAGUAACAUUUUAUUAGACCAUGAGUUCCACGCAAGGAUAGCGGAUUUCGGGCUGGCAAAGAUGCUGGUCAGGCAGGGAGAGGCUUACACUAUGUCUGCAAUAGCAGGAUCUUUUGGCUAUAUAGCCCCAGGUAAGUUCAUACUGUUCAUCCUUGGGAAAAACAAAGAUCCGUAAACAUCAAAAAUCAAAUAACAAUCGCAGUAAUCUUCAUAGAGAGCUUUCAAAACACAGAUUUGACGAAUGUUCUUGAUUUCUAUUGCAGAGUAUGUGUAUACAACAAAAGUAAAUGAGAAGAUUGAUGUCUAUAGCUUUGGGGUUGUACUGUUGGAACUCACAACAGGAAGAGAACCGAACUGUGGAGAUGAACACACAAGCCUAGCAGAAUGGGCAUGGCAACAAUAUAGUGAAGGAAAACCUAUUGCUGAUGCUCUUGAUGAAGAAAUCAGAAACCCACGCAAUUUGGAAGAGAUGAUUACUCUGUUCAAACUAGGUCUAAUUUGUACAAGCACGUUACCUGAAAUACGACCUUCGAUGAAGGAGGUUCUGCAGAUUCUACGCCAAUGCCGCCCUCAAGAAGAUUGCAAUGGGAGAAAGAACGCCGGCGAAUUUGAUGCCGUUCCCCUCCUUGGCACUUCUCUAUGACAUCGAUAAGAUCCUUACUGUUCAUGAAAAAAUCUGUGCGAGUGAACAUGUAUAUUGAUGGCCAUUUGUAUGUUACAGCAGAGGAUAGGGUAUUAAUAAAAA